GGCCGCGGAAGCGCGCAGCCGUCCAGCUUCCGGAAGUGCGCCGGGUCCGGCGGCGAUAGCAGAGCAUUGGCUCUCAUUCUUCAUUCACCAUCCUAGAAGACACAGUUCUCUCCAGAGACUGCUCCAUCCUGGAAGCCCCUCAUCCGAAAGGCCCUGUGAAACCAGACAAUGCCCGUUGACUUGGGGCAGGCUCUGGGCCUGCUUCCUUUUCUGACCAGGGUUAAGGAUGCCACAUUCUCUGGAUCAGAUGCUACCCAGCCAAGAGAGCUUGCCAACCCUGAGACUGCUCGACAGCUUUUCAGGCAGUUUCGUUACCAGGUGAUGUCUGGGCCCCAGGAGACCCUGAGACAACUCCGGAAGCUCUGUUUCCAGUGGCUGCAGCCGGAGGUUCACACCAAAGAGCAGAUCCUCGAGAUCCUCAUGCUGGAGCAGUUCCUGACCAUCCUCCCUGGGGAGAUCCAGAUGUGGGUGAGGAAACAGUGUCCCAGCAGUGGACAAGAGGCAGUGACCCUCGUGGAAAGCUUGAAGGGAGAUCCCCAGAAACUGUGGCAAUGGAUCAGCAUCCAAGUUUUAGGACAGGAGAUUCCAUUCAAGAAGGAGAAUUCAACACACUGCCAUGGGGACAAGGUGGAGCCCUCACUGGAGGUGGAACCCAUACUGGAAGUGGUACCUCAGGACCUGUCCCUUCAGAAUUCAUCCUCAGCACCUGGGGAGCUACUGAGCAAUGGUGUGAAAGAGGAAUCAGACAUGGAGCCAGAAUUAGCUCUGGCUGCUUCUCAGCUUCCUGCCAGACCUGAGGAGAGGCCUGUUAGAGACCAAGAGGUGGGAACUUCACUUCUCCCAGCACUGCAGGAGAUCAGCAUCCAAGUUUUAGGACAGGAGAUUCCAUUCAAGAAGGAGAAUUCAACAUACUGCCAUGGGGACAAGGUGGAGCCCUCACUGGAGGUGGAACCCAUGCUGGAAGUGGUACCUCAGGACCUGUCUCUUCAGAAUUCAUCCUCAGCACCUGGGGAGCUACUGAGCAAUAGUGUGAAAGAGGAAUCAGACAUGGAGCCAGAAUUAGCUCUGGCUGCUUCUCAGCUUCCUGCCAGACCUGAGGAGAGGCCUGUUAGAGACCAAGAGGUGGGAACUUCACUUCUCCCAGCACUGCAGGAGGAGCAGUGGAGACACCUGGAUUCUACUCAGAAGGAACAGUACUGGGAUCUCAUGCUGGAGACCUAUGGGAAAAUGGUUUCAGGAGUAGCAGGCAUUUCCAACUCCAAACCUGACCUGACUAACUUAGCAAAAUAUGGGGAAGAACUAGUGGGGCUAAACCUUCACGGCGCUGAGAAGAUGGCAAGACCUACCUGCAAAGAAGACAGACAAGAAAAUGACAAAGAGAACCUAAACUUGGAAAAUCACAGGGACCAGGGAUGUCUGGAUGUUUUCUAUCAGGCAUCAGGUGAGGCUCCACCACAGACUGCCUUGAGUGAUUUCUUUGGUGAGAGUGAGCCACAUCAUUUUGGAGGAGAGAGUGUCCCCGAGGCUCUGGAAACCCUUCAGGGUGAGGGAACUGGGGCACACCUCUUUCCUCAGGAAAGGGCCUCUGGGAAGCAGCUGGGUCAGCACAUACAGAGCUCAUCCUCGGGAGAGCUGUCUGCCUUGUGGCUAGAGGAGAAGAGAGAGGCCUCUCAGAAGGGACAGGCCAGAGCCCCCAUGGCCCAGAAACUGCCCACCUGCAGAGAAUGUGGAAAAACCUUCUAUAGGAAUUCACAGCUUGUUUUUCACCGAAGGACUCAUACAGGAGAGACAUACUUUCAUUGCCGCAUUUGCAAAAAAGCCUUUCUACGGAGCUCAGACUUUGUGAAACAUCAGAGAACUCACACAGGAGAGAAGCCCUGUAAAUGUGAUUACUGUGGGAAAGGCUUUAGUGACUUCUCAGGCUUGCGCCACCAUGAGAAAAUCCACACAGGAGAGAAACCCUAUAAAUGCCCCCUCUGUGAGAAAAGCUUUAUUCAGAGGUCAAACUUCAAUAGACAUCAAAGGGUUCAUACAGGUGAGAAACCUUAUAAAUGUACCCGCUGUGGCAAGCUGUUCAGCUGGAGCUCCAGCCUUGACAAGCAUCAGAGAUCACACUUGGGGAAGGAAGCCCCGCCUGUAACCACGCCCCCAGGCCCUGCAGUCCAUUGCAACCCUGCUCAGCUCUGCCCAGAGGAACUUCGACCAGAACCAACCUCCUCCUCUUUGUGUGUUGGAGGGAGAGGAACCGGGCACUGUUUUGAUGUGGAGGGGGUGUUAUUUUGAGUUGAGUUUAUUUUUUUCCUUUUGCACAAGGAAAAGCCACUUUUUGUUUCAGCUGGCCUCGUAUUUUGGGCCCCUUGGGAAAGACAUGCAGUGUAGAUAAUGGCCUUAGUAGCUCUCUCCCAUGAGCCUGGUGGGCUCCUAGAGCAGGCUGUCUGUCACAGAAGGGAGGUAGCGAGGCCUGCGAGUGCAUGCCAUCUUUGUCAGACUGGUGACAAAGUUUCUGUUUAACUGUCCCUUAUUUGAAAUAAACUGAGCUGAGUUGGUCUCUCUC